GCUUCGUGUCCGUAGGAAACAGAAGUAGCGAUUGUUUGUGCUUAAAAAAGGGGGAGCGCAAAGUCGCGGGCGGAGGCAGCGACCGCGGACCGGCAAGUGCAGCUUCAUUUGGCGGAGCCGAAGGCGGAGGCGAGCGGCGGCUGUCACUGCGCGCCCCAGCGGAGCCGGGCCGGGGCAGCGGCGGGCACCGCGCAGCCCCUGCCCCCGCCCGAGCUCGCCCCCGGCUCCCCGGCCGGGGACAGAGGGGCGGCUGUCGCCGGGAGCGGCGGCGGGGCCCCGGGCGGGCGGCGGAGACGGCCCCGCUCCGCGGAUCCUCCGCGCCUUGAGCGCGGGCGGCGGUUCGCGGCAGCCGCCCCCCCCACACCCCGCCGCCGCCCGCGGACCCGCCGCCCUCCUGGAUGCUCCGGAGCCGCUGCCGCCGGCGGGGACGGCCGCCGGCCGGGAUCGCUCCCGCGGAGGCUGCGCGGGUCGGCGGGAGUGAAGCUGCUGCUGCGGGAAGCGAGAGCGCCGAGGGAGCGAGCUGGGCGGCCGGGGCAGCCGCCGCCCCGGGCCCUCCGCGGGCGCGGAUCGUCCUUCUCGUCCCUGCUGGGCCCGGACUAGAGGCGGCGGUGUGGGAUGAAAGGGGGGAUGCCGAGCGGGAGUGGAUGCACACUGCUACAGAAGACUUUUCCUCCGAGCCGUUGCUGCUAAAGUCCCAGAUCCCGACUGUGAACAGGUCACCCUAAAGAAUGGCCGAGCCUUCUGGGAACGAGCUGGCGUCCGCGGCUGCCAAGGGGGACCUAGUGCAACUUACUAAUUUGUUGCAAAAGAAUGUAAACGUCAAUGCACAAAAUGGAUUUGGGAGGACUGCGCUGCAGGUGAUGAAACUCGGGAACCCCGAAAUUGCCAGGAGGUUGUUAAUUAACGGUGCAGACCCCAAUCUGAAAGACAGUACUGGCUUCGCUGUAAUUCAUGAUGUAGCCAGAGAGGGUUUUCUGGACACUUUGCAGACUCUGGUGGAGUUUAAAGCUGAUGUUAACAUUGAGGAUAACGAGGGCAACCUGCCCUUGCACUUGGCGGCCCGGGAGGGGCAUGUGCGGGUGGUGGAGUUUCUGCUGGAGCGCAGGGAGUGCAACGUGGGCCACCAGAACAAGCGGGGGGCCACCGCCUACGACCUGGCCAAGCUCUACAACAGAUCCGCCGUGGUGAAGCUCUUGGAGGACAGCAGCUUAUUCGCGGAAAACAUGAAUUAAAUCCAGCUCGGACGUGCUCUCCUUUGGACUUAAGGCUUUCAGCCUUCUUUUUUUUUUCCUUCCCCCCCCCCCCCCGCCCCCCCCUCCUUUUUAACAACAUGUGUUGCAACCUUACUUCUAAUUUUUUUUUUUUUUUGGACAGCUGGUAGUAUGAAUCUCAAGAAAUUCUAGAGGUGGGUUUUUAGAUAAUGGAAGUGUUUUAAAUCCAUGCUCCCAGCAAUUUCUUGCCAUUUACUCAGCCGUGUCUAUGUUCGUUGCUCAUAUUUAGUUUUCCAGUAUCAAGUUUUACAAUUUAUUUUAGGUUAUUCGUAUUAAGUCAUUAAUACAAAAGCUACAUAUUCACAUGCUUAAUGUUGCUGGACUUUUUAAGGAAAAAAAAAUAGCUUACUGUGAUUUCUCCCUCCCUCAACCUCUCUCCCCCCACCCCUCCUUAAGAUUUUAAAGUCCUGUUUUGGAUUAAACCAGCUUUUUAAGGGAUAACCUGCAACUCCCUGCUCAGGCAGAGCUUGAAGGCAAAGGCUCUUGGCCUGAGGACAGAGGAUGGCGUUUAGAGGCUUAGGGAAAUAGCUGCAUUUUGACACUAACAAGAGCUUGUAGAAGUAGGUCACUUACUUUCUAAAUGUAGAUGACACUUUCUCCUUUUGUGUAUUUAAACUUUCACCAAGCUGGUUUUGAAUUUAGUUACCAGAAACAACGUGAGUGGUGUUUUUUUUGAUUGCCAGAGGUUUUAAACAGCUCAGUUUAGUAGUUCGUGUUUACUGUGCACUGAACAAGACGUUUUUUCUAGUUUCAAAAUAAGCAGCAGAGAACCACUGUCAGAGGCAGGAGAACACGAAGGCUGCAAUGCAACAAGUUUUCUGGUCGCUUCAUAAACCGAGUGCAGUUUAGAUGCUCUUUAAGAAAUACUUGCUUUCCACCGACUACUCUGUUUUGCCUGGAAAUAAACUAUUUUAAUGAUAGACGCAUCUCACAAGACAGGGAUGUUUGAAUACAGUGACAUUUAGGAAGCAGCACGUUUGAUAUUCGGGAAGCUAUGCUAUUGCUUGCACCUAAAACGCAAUUUAACCAUUGAAAAUUUUCCAUUGCAACACAGUUGAGGGUAUUCAUGAGACCCAAUUUCCUUCACCGCUCCAGCUACAACAGGAGCUAACGACGCUCAGCACCGUUUCGGAAAGAGUUUGGGAGGAAACUUCUAACAUUUGUACAGGAUCUGGUUGUUGGACAGAUGGGCAGUAUAAAGUGCUUUAGUUUGGAUAGUCUAAAAUUUAAUUGCGCGAAAUAGAAGGGUUUAAAUCAAUGCAAAAUGAAUAGUACUUAAAAUAGGACUUAAAAGAGGAGGGGGUGUACCUUAGUUUAGGUUUUAACUCUUCAAAACAGAAAAGAUUUUAGCCCCACAAAAGCAGUUGCUACCGUUUUCGAGUAAAAAGUAAUUUGCUGAAACUGUCUGUCACGUUUAGUCUACGCUCUGUCACACUGCUGUGGUUUCUGAUUAAAAACCUCUGUGAAAUAUGAA